GAUUGUCAAUCCUGGUACAGACAGGCCUUGAAAGUGGUUAAAGUCUUGGAUAUAGAUAUUUCUGUAAAUGUUUUUUUAAAAAUGAAAUUGGAUUUGAGUUGUUGGAGAGAAGCAAGAAGGAUGUUCUACAAAAUGCCACAUGAGUACUUUGUCUGAAUUAAAUAAUACAUGUCUAAAGAUCAUUGACUUGGAAAAGAUGUAUUUAAAAAAAAAUGCGAUUAACAAGAGCAUGUGUUAUCUACAUAGAAAGAGAUAGAGAGUUUGAGAUAGAGGAAAAAAGAGAGUGCACAUUUUACUUUCUCUCUACAGGCAAAAGAACAUUGAAUGCUCAGAAGCUGUGCUGUUAUCAUUGGAACUGUAGUGAAUAUGAACGCAUACGGGAAAAGGCACGUGAUCGGCUUCAACAACUGGCUAAACACAGAGAACCACAGAUACAGCCGCAUACAUGUGUUGGGCCAUCUGUAAUGUGGGGCACACAGCAGAUGAUUUGGCCAGUAUCACCCCAUGCUCUCAGUGGCCAAGCUUCUCCCCGUGUUCAGUAUCUAGCCACACCAAAGCGCAACUUUCAGGAAGGAACUAUUUAUGAAAACAGACCUCUCUUUUUCUACAGCUCUGGCAGAUCUUCAGUUCUGUGGCCCACCAGCAAUGCAGCUAAGCAGGGAUCUGCAACAGAAAGAAUAACAUUUCUUGCUCAGCACAAGAAUUUCCACCCAGACUGGAAGGAGGACAGGCAACAGUUUUGGUUUAGUUGUGGACGUGACAGCCCGCUCUGGAAGGUGAAGCAAGCAGCCAUGCAAGCCGGUGAUCGGCCACGUACCACAGCUUUAGCUGAGCACCAGCCAUGUCACAAAGAUUAUCAGCCCGAAAAGCCCAUACAGUCCAUCGUGACAGAAGCUGCUCUUAAUGCCAGACCAAGUGUUCGGAUUCAGUCACUGGCCGCACCUAAAGACAGACCAGAAGGGCCAUUUCGCAGUCCUGAAUGGGCAGUAACAGACUCAGCAAAAGCAGCUAUGGCAUCAGCACGAUGCACGGAACUGGCAAGAGCAAAACCUUUGGCAGAGGGAUUUCAGCCUGCAAGAGAGAUAGAAUGGCCUGUAAGCAAGGCUGCAAGACGAGCCCAGGCCACUGGUCGCAUCACUGAGCUUGCUCGCCCUGUCACUCGGGCUACCAUGGAUCAUUUACAGUUUAACCCAGAUGCCUUUACAGUCAAGCAGUCAGCUCUGAAGGGUGGAAUUCCUCAACGCAUUGAAGAACUAGCUCAACCUGUUCAGAGAUAAUUCAUGUUGCCUUCACUUGUUUAAUUUUUGUGUACUUUUUUAAUGGAUCGUUUAACAAAAAAAUAUGUAAGACAAUGCACAGUUUCUCAUAGUUUGCCUUCAAAAUUUUUACACGUCAAGACUGUAAUGAUGAAAAUUGCAUUUGCAAUUUUGCCUUAUCUGUCAUUGAUCCUUGAUGAUACAACACACUUUCUGUGUUGCUUAAGUGAGGGAAGAUUACAUGCCAGUUUCAUGUUAAGAAAACCUAUCCGUCCUGUAAACUAUUGUAAUAACUGAUACAUAUUUUUAAUUUUUUAGGAUAUAUGGGAAUUAUUAGUAUGCAGUGCAUAAUUACAGAGCAUAGCAAGUGCCUAAAAUAUCUGGUCAGCACCUUACCACAAUCAUGUGGCAGAUUUUCACUAAUGGGUGUCAGCAUCUGAUGUGGGUAUGUUUUUAGUGCUUGAUCUUAAAACACACUUUAGCUUAUAAUUAGAAUCAUUUCAUUGUUGAAGGAGCAGUAGACUGUGUAGGUACAGUGUUCCCUCGCUACUUCGCGGUUCAUAUAUCGCGGAUUCACUACUUCGCGGUUUUUUUUUUGAGUGAAGUAUCGAUCGAUAUUUUCGUGCUGGGAAUUAUCGUUCUACAAAAUAC